AUGGCGGCUCCUUCUCCUUCUCAAUAUGCCGGCCUAGCCGCGACCUGGACUUUGCAAACAGGAAUUGCUCCCUCAACUGAGAGCAUCUUUCUGCCACAGGCCGGAGCAAACACGGAAUCUGUCUUCGAGCCUGACCACCGGGCCAAGGUUGACCAGAAUGAUUACAAGGAUGGCGGAAAGUAUCGCUCCAUUGUCAAGCUGGAAAUUGCCUAUGAGGGUACUGGAGCUGAGAUGUCUUCCAUCGGUACUGGCUGGCUCAUCCGCCCAGAUGUCCUCGUGACCGCUGGACACUGUGUUUUCGACCACGCUGGAAACGACGGUCAAGGAUGGGGUCGACUCAAGAUCAUGCAGUGCCACAUUGGAUACAAUGGUCGCGACUCUUUGAAAGACCCGUCAGUGCAGACUCGAUUUGCGAAGAGAGUCGUGACCACUGGUGAAUGGAUCGACAGCCGAGACAAUCGUCAUCGCGACGUUGCCUUUGUGCAGCUUGAGCAACCAUUCACAGGCAACCUGCGAAUCUUUUCAUUUGCACCAACUCCGAUGAAGGGAGUCGAGAUGCUUGGUGUUGUUGGAUAUCCAGGCGAUAUGCACACCGUGGAUAACGAUGGGAUUGAUGAGAUUGGAGCUCAUAUGUAUGAGUUGUUCCAGGACAUCAAAUAUAACUUGGAAGAUGCUCCCCUGAAGAUGCUGCAAUACAAAUUAUCUACCUUUGGUGGCCAGUCUGGAUCUCCCGUUCUCCGCAAGAAGAACCCUCAAGUUUCUAUCGCAGCCCACUGCUACGGCGGAGCUGAAAAGAACUCUGCUAGUCCCAUCGGAGGUAAGUAUGGAAAUGACUACAACUACUACCUCUCAGCGUUGAACAACUCCUUCCCAACCGUCACAUCUGUUGCUGGUGUCAACUUUGUCAAGCCCAAUGCCCUGUCUACAGCUCCCGCAGCUCCCGGAGCUCUUGCAGUCCCCGCAGUCCCCACUCCAGGCUUGAUGAUUGAAGGAGAGGAGGGCUUUUUCGAUGCUUUCAAGUCUAUCGUUGGUGUUGUUGCUCGAGUAGGGAAAGUCGCUCUCCCAAUCGCCUCUCCUCUGCUUGGACCUCUUGGUGGGCCCCUCUCCGCUAUUGCUGGUUCUGCCCUGUCGGCUGUUGCCAAUGCCACUGGUGCUGAGUCUACUACCAUAAGCAUCCCACAAGCAACCCAAGGAGCCACGGAGCGUGCUGUUCUCGCCGAGGCGACUUUGCAGUCUGUUCUCAGAAUCCACGACCCGGAGCUGACAGAGAGACUGCUCGGCGACAUGGAAGUUACUUACUCCGAGCUGGCUCCGCAUAUCACCCACAUUGCCCCCAAGAUGGUUCCUAUGUUGAAAGAUUCUGCAUUGAGAAUUGCCGUUACCCAGGACUUCAUGAGAAAGAGCGACAAUAUGAAGCUUAGCGCUCGCAAGCCUGAGAGCAUUGGAAAUGACACCGAGUCGGCAUUCACCGGUGACAUGAUUCAAACUCCAUUUGUGGAGGGGCUAUUGCAGGCAACUAGACCUGUCGAAGGCGAGGAAGGCUUCUUCACCGGAUUUGGAUCUUUCCUUGGCAAGGCUGUGAAGACGGCCGCACCCUUUGCUAUGAAGGGUGCCAAAAUCGGAUUGCAGCUUCUGAACAACGCAUUGGCACCAUCUGGACAAGAAAGUGUAUCCUACACCCAGCCCGAAGACCGAGACGAUCAGAUCGCUGCCACAUUGCUCACCAGGCGGGCUGUCAUGGCCGAGGCUGCUCUUCGCGCCGUCAUGAAGCUUGACAAGAAGGACCUUGAGCGCGCCUCUAGCUCCCAGACGGAGUCAUUCUUUGGCCCCGAAGGGUUCUUCGAUGGUAUCAAGUCUAUGGUCCAGGUCAUUGGUAGUGCUGUGUCCAAGGCCGCCCCGAAGGUUAUCAGCACUCUAUUACCCAUUGCGGCAGAUGCCUUGGGCAAGAAGAUUGCCGGUCCGGGUUCGAGAAACGAUGCUCUCUCACCAGCACAGCCGGCCAUGAGAACCCGUCGAUCAUUUGCUAAUAUUAAUGCUGCUUACAAUCCCGGCUCCGCUUUGGAGGUGAGUGCCACUGAAAAUCUUGCCCCUGCCAUUUCCACCGCUGUUGCAAAUGGUGGAAAUGAAUUCAAAGCGCCGAACCUGGAUGCUCCCAUGACAAUUCACAAUCCUGAUUUCUACGAGAGACUCCGAUCUCAUGCCAGCGCUUGA